AUGUCUAAGAUUCCCGCGCCGGCUGUCGAGGCUGGGCCUGAGGUGCCAGAGGUCGAAACUGAGCAUCUUGGCUUCAAAGUCCUCAACCAAGGCAAACAAGGCCCCAAGAAGGUCAAGAUCCUGCCCCAGCCAUGGCCCACCGACAAUCUGCCUCCCGCUUCCGCCAACCUGCUCUCUGUCGCCUCCAAACCCGGUCUUCUCGCUGCCGCCGGCCCCAACGCCCUCGUCAUCACAUCCACAGACACCUUGCGCAAAGCUUUCCAGAACAAGACCAUCGCCGAUGCCAUCGAGCAACCUGAUGAUCCGCGCCUCGAAAACCGCGACAUUGAUGUAGUGGCAGAUUACACACCUGACAUCAACAUCUCCACUUCCAACCUACGCCAUGUCGCAUUCUCCGCCGAUGGAGACUUUUUGGUUACGUCCGAUGAAGCUGAGGGCGGCGUGGUUAUCUACGGUGUUGCGGAUGUUGUCAGCCGAGGCAAGAGAGAUGCAGACAACAAAUUGGCAACCGACACGACUAUUCGAGCACUCCUACCGAAUCCCUCUCCUGAUUUUGAACAGUACUUCGCUAUUGUCCUCGAUUCCGGCAAGCUCGAGAUAUGCGACGUGGGAAGCGGCGCCAAAAGGACGAUCCUAGAGCACGAUGUCAACUGCGCCGCUUGGAGCGCGCGCGGAAAGGCUGUCGUCUCUGGCUCCACUGACGGCACCUGCGCUAUACACAUGGCCAAUGGAGAGCUCAAGGGCGUCAUUCCUCGGCCUCCGGACGUGGAUGAAAGCCACGAGGCGACGGGCGUGUCAUGGUUGAAAACUGCAGAGUUCCUGGUUGUGUACUCCGUCAAGAACCAAGACCAGGACAGCCCCGAGCCCAAGAAGUACAGCGUCAUACAAUCUACCAAAGACUGGAGGUCUUUCACAUAUCAUUCUCUGGCCUGGGAUCCUCUUCCCGAAGCAUUCGAACCUCCACGCCGCCAACUCCCUGCACGCAUCUCGUCCACGCGCCUACAAAACUGGAAGCCCGAUCUCGACGACAUGCUCAUCAUCACCUCCUCCCAUGCAGAUUCCAUUGCGAUCUUGGCCUCGACCAGCAGCAAGAUCUCUCCACAUCAGGAGAAUUGCAACGAGCUCAUGCUUGUCAGUGUCGACGACACCAAAAAGGCUCAGGUACCGCGAACGGCUUAUGGAGAGGACGAACUCGAUAGCGUCUUCAUUGGUGAGGCACUGGAUCUGUCUAGCAAGGAGAAAAUACUGCGUCCUAUCCCUGCCUUGGAAGAGAUCAACGAGGCGCCGUGGCCAUUGCCUGCAUACAUGGCUCUUACUCACGAAGGUCUUCUUUCAGCCUGGUGGGUUGUCUGGAACAAGUCUAUCGAGGCUGGCGAACGCUACCCUGGUCUCAUUUUCAACAGCGAAGCUACCAAACAUUCAUCAUCGUCAACUCCAAGGGCUUCUACUCCUGCGUCAAAACUUCCCAUCGCUACCUCUACCCCCUUCAGCAAGUCCGUGGGAACACCCGCAACUCCAGGAACGUCGGGCAUUCCCGCAUUUGGUGGCAACACCGGAAAUGGCUUCAGUACACCAACUCCCGCUCUGAUGAAGCCCACACCACCUGGCUUCGGAACGCCUGGAUUCGGCACUGCUGCUACGAGUCUACCUGCCCCAACGUUCGGUAAGCCUGCACAACCUGCAUUCGGCGCCCCGUCUUCAAUCGGUAAGCCUUCUCAGCCAACUUUUGGUGCAUCUUCUCAACCUGCCUUCGGUGCUGCCUCGUCAUUUGGUAAGCCUUCUCAGUCGGCUUUUGGAACACCGUCCGCUGUGGGUGCUGGUAGUGGCUCCGGUUUUGGAGCAGCGGGCGGAAUGGGAAACAAAGCAUCACCAUGGGGAGCACCUGCACAAUCUUCAGAAUCCAAGUCCAACCCCUUUUCGGCUGCUGCUGGUGGCUCAUCUGGCUUUGCCAAGUUUGGAGGUGCUGGAGGAUCGAGUUCCUUCUCGAGCUUUGGAAGCAACAAUUCCGCGCAAACAGGCUCAGGUUUUGCAUCGCUUGGACAAGGGCAACAAAAGUCAGGCUUUGGGGGUCUGAAGACGGAGCCAAGCUUUGGCUCUACUGUGACUGUUGGCUCUAAUACUGGAUCUUCACUACCCUCCUGGGCAAACACACCUGCACAGCAGAGCAGCUCAAUCUUUGGACAACCAGAAAAGUCUUCGUUCAACACAGCCUCAUUCGAGUCUAAGGCAUCUGAUAACAGCGACGCGAAUACCGACCGAAAGAGGGAUGAGGCUACACCCACCCCACAAGCUCCAGCAUCACAAGGCCUCUUUGGCCUUGCAGGUGGCUUCAAGCUCGGCACCACCUUUGCUAGUGACGGCACGGCUAAGGACGAUCCAGCGAAGCCUGCGGCUCCUGCCAACGGUUCAUUCUUCGGUAGUGACUUUUCCAACAUGCUAGGAAAGACAGAUAUGAAGCCGCCAGCUACCCCCGCGAGUGAAGCUCCUCCAAAUUACGUCUCAACCACUCCGGCAUCGCCACCAAAGUCGAAGCCACUAUUCCCCAGCGAUACUCCUGCAAGAGAGAGCGCGACCCCCAAAGCAGCACCGCCUGCACAAGAGGCCGCCACCCCUGCGGAUGACGCACCUUUACCGCCAGAUUUUACCAAGGCUAAACCAUCCAAGGUUGACGACGCGCCUCUACCUCCGGACUUCAUCAACACGAAGCUACCGAAGUCGACUAGCGACGAUCUGCCUCCUCUUGCUGGCAGUCCUGGUGUUGAAGUAGAAGCACCCAGUUCUUCCGUCGAUGUAUCCCCUAUUGACAACGAAGAUGAGGAUGACCACGAUGAUGACGACAAUGAGGAGAGCGACGAGGAUGAAGAUGGGGACGAGCAAGACUCUUUUGACGAGGAUGAGGAUGAGGAUGAGGAUGACGUUGAAGAAGUCGAUGAAACAUAUCCACCAAACAACGCGUCAAAGUCGCAGCCUACGAAGCCGUCUGGCUUUAGCUUGCAGGAAAGGAUGGAUCAGUCAAAGAGCUUCUUCCCUCCUGCACCGACUCCUCCUACCAUGAAAUCCGGCGCCACAUCCCAGUCUGGUAGCAGCGCUUCACUUGCCCAGCCCUCCUUGUUUUCACAGCCUUCUAGACCCGCUGUUAGCCAGCCAUCGUUUGGAGGCUCAUCGCUGUUUGGGCAACAACCAGCCAAGGGUCCCAAGCCCGCAGUGCCUGCCAAACCGAAUUUCCCACCCCCAGCGAACCGCGCCCAAGACCUUCGCUCGCCUAGUCCAGCUCGUUCAAGCUCAGCGUCUCGUCCUCGAAGAGAACCUCUGGUCGCACCGGGUGCUUCAUUAAGCUCAUCUAUGCUUGGGUCUAAACCACCGACGCCACAACCACAGUUCUCCGAUCUUGAAGAUGAAGAAGAUGAGCGGAUGCGGGCACAGCUUUCGCAGCCGAUCGAACCCAGCCGGAACCUGGAGGAGUUUGUCGCAUACCAGAAUUACAGUGGUGGCAAAUCACCUAGCAAGACCGGCCACGCCGCUCAGAUCGAGUUGAUCUACAAGGACAUCAACGGCAUGGUGGACGCGCUUGGCUGGAACGCGCGAUCUAUCAAGUCAUUCACACAAUAUCACCUACAGCCUCGGUCCGACCACACAAUCGGUCGACGUAUGCUGGAUGAUGUCCAAGACGAAGGAGCUCAUGGCUCUUGGUUCGAGGAGUUCACCCUGUGUGAGAUCCAAGCCUUACGUUCUCUCGAAGAUGAGCUUGAGCGAGAGCUUGAUGCUGGACGAGUACAAGACGUGCUCUUCAAGCUUACACAACUCGCCCGCUUACUUCACGACAAAGCCAAGCUGAUGACUCGUCUUAACGAUAUCCGCCGCCAGAUCAUCAAUCGCAAAGACCCCGAGAAGGCAGAAGCACUCCGUAAGGCGCCGUUGCCGAAGGAGCUUGCGGACGGGCAGAAAGCCCUGCGUAACGAUUAUGCCCAGUUGUUGACAUCGCUACGUAAGGCUGAAGACGCCGUCGCAGUUUUGCGCUCACGUCUAGCUUCGCACAACGCCCAGAACGGCAGCACAAAGGCGGUGCCAUCUAUGGAAGCUGUGAAGAAGACAGUCCUUCGACUGGCCAGCCUAGCUGAGCAGAAGAACAACGAUAUCCUCGUCCUUGAGGCACAGAUGCGCAAGAUCGGCCUCGCAGACUCCAGCCGUCCUUCCUCAUCCUCCUCACGCAACGCCGGCACACCCCGACGAUCACGCGGCACAGAUCUGCGCCGCAGCAUUGCCGACACACCAUAUGCUACGCCACCUACCAACCGUAACAAGAUGAGCUUGAGCGAGCUGAAUCGUCGUGCUCUGACCCCAGACGUUGAGGCUACCCCUACACCCAGCAAGGGCUAUGGCUUGUUCUACACGCCCGAAGGCAGCCCGACAACAGGCAAAGAAAUUGCACGUCUAAGCGACCUGGUUGACGACAACAUCGACAGCUUGCGACAGACUGCCAGGACGAGGAAACAGGUUGCCAAGGGUCUCAAAGAUGCGCUUCUCGAUCGUGGAAUCAAGGUUACUAAGGUUAAUUGA